UGCACAUCCCAAGGCAGAGAGAUGGGCAGAGCCACAGCAUGGCUCCCUGAGCAUUAUUGGCAUGCAGAACUGGGAAGAUGCUGGCACCAACUGCCCUUCUGGGCUUGUGGACUUUCCCUCCUGUUGGUCAGUACCUGUUUCCUCAGCAGCUGUGUUGGGACUUUGGAGCCAGAGCUGAGGCUGGCCAAUGGCAGUGGCCCCUGUGAAGGGUUAGUGCAGCUGAAGUCUCAGGGCCAGUGGGGGACGCUGUGCAGCAAGAGCUGGAGCAGAAAUGAGGCCUCUGUGGUGUGCAGGCAGCUGGGCUGUCCCUCUGCUGUCAGCAGCUCAGGCUGGGCCAACACUAUUUAUGGAUCUGGACUCUCAUGGUCGAGCAAUGUUUCCUGCCAUGGGAACGAGUCAGCUCUCGGGGACUGCAGGCAGAGUCAAUGGGGACGGGAGCCCUGUACCCCCAGGCAGGAGGUCCGAGUGAACUGCUCAGAAGGAGCAGACCUGGAAGUGAGGCUGGUUGGUGGCCCAAACCAAUGCAUCGGACGUUUGGAGGUGAAGUUCCAGGGUCAGUGGGGGACCGUGUGUGACGACCUCUGGGGCAAGGAAGAUUCGGAGGUCGUGUGCCGGCAGCUGGGCUGUGGCACAGCGUACCACAUCCAGAAGUCACUGGUUCCUGGCACUGGGACUGGCACCAUUUGGAUGGAUGAUGUGGGCUGCCAUGGCAAUGAAUCUUCUCUCUGGGACUGCAGCCACCGAGGAUGGGGGCAGCACAAUUGUAACCACCAUGAGGAUGUGGGGCUGGUCUGCUCAGACGGAGCAGAUCUGAAGCUAAGGCUGGUGGGUGGAACCAAAAAUUGUUCCGGGUUGGUGGAGGUGAGAGUUCACGGACAGUGGGGUAGAAUCUGUGACAACAGCUGGAACACCCAAGCGACCGGGGUGGUGUGUAGGCAGCUCGGAUGCCCCGCCCCCCAGAAUGCUGUGAGCUGGUUUAAUGGCUCGGAGGAGGUGGAGCAGAUUUGGUUCGGGAGCGUUCGCUGUCAUGGGAAUGAGUCAAGCCUCUGGAACUGUGACUACAAUGGAUGGUCUGGCUGUUCGUUCCAGCACCAUGCGAAAGUGAUCUGUUCUGAAGAGAACGAUUUGGAGCUGAGGCUCGUUGGGGGUGGCAGUCGGUGUGCUGGGACGGUGGAGCUGGAGAUGCAGGGACUGCUGGGCACGGUGUGCCAGUCGGCGAUGAACAUGGAGACAGCAUCAGUGAUUUGUAGGCAGCUGGGAUGUGGGUCUGUGGUCAGCAUCUCUCACAUGGACGACUUUGGAGAAGUGACGAUGCACAGAGGUCUCACUGGCAUCUCCUGUGAUGGGAAUGAGGCAUCUUUUUGGGACUGCAAACAUUGGCGUUGGGGAACAACGUCCUGUAGCGACAGAUCGAGGGUGAUCUGUUCAGAGCACAUGAAGGCGCAGCUGGCUGGAGGGGACUUUCCCUGCUCAGGAAGAGUCAUGGUGAAGCAUAAAGACACUUGGGGCUCCGUCUGUGCACACGACUUCCCUCUGUCCACAGCCAAAGUGCUGUGCAAGGAGCUUCAGUGUGGUUCUCUUGUCUCUGUGGUGGAGGCGACUCACUUUGGAGAAAGAAACAUACCGAUCCUGGAUGAAGAGUUGAGGUGUAAAGGCAACGAGUCCCAUCUGUCCCUGUGCCCCAGGGUGCUCCUCCCAGAGGGCAGCUGUACUGAUGGCAGGGACAUCGGCGUCAUCUGCUCACGGUACAUCGACUCCCGGCUGGUUGAUGGAGGCUCCAGGUGUGUAGGACGAGUGGAAAUCCAGAUCCAAGAGGGCUGGGGAGCCCUGUGUGACUCUUCUUGGGACUUGGCUAAUGCCAAUGUCCUUUGCAAUCAGCUCCAGUGUGGUGUCGCUCUCUCGAUCCCCAAAGGAGCCCAUCUGGGGGAAGGACGAGGCCAGAUCUGGCCUCACAUGUUUCACUGCUCAGGGGUGGAGUCCCACUUGGGGGAUUGUCCCGUGACUGCUCUGGGGGCUCCUGCAUGUGACCGUGAAAGCACUGCCUCCGUGAUCUGUUCAGAAAACCGGACUGAGCCUAUGGCCCCAUGCAAUGAUACCGUGCACAACCCAGCUGGGACCACUACUCGCAUGAGGAAUUCUACAGGAUGCUCUGAGAUCCGUGAAAUCCGUCUCAUGGAUGGAGGAGACCGCUGUGCUGGCAGGGUGGAGAUCUACCAUGAAGGCUCCUGGGGCACCAUCUGUGAUGACUCUUGGGACCUGAAUGAUGCACAUGUGGUGUGCCAACAGCUGGGCUGUGGAGUGGCCUUGAAUGCCACCAUUUCAGCUCACUUUGGACAAGGAUCAGGGCCCAUCUGGCUUGAUGACCUGAGAUGCUCUGGGAAUGAAUCCCAGGUGUGGCAAUGUCCUUUUCGAGGCUGGGGUCGUCACAACUGUCGACACAAGGAAGAUGCCGGAGUGAUCUGCUCAGGGGUCCUGGCUUUGAGACUGCACAGCGAUGCCAGCACUCAGGACUGUGCUGGACGAUUGGAGGUCUUUUACAAUGGGAGCUGGGGAGGUGUCGGCAAAAGGAAAAUGACUGCCAUCACCCCCAACCUGGUGUGUGGUCAGCUGGGCUGUGGGGACAACGGGACAGUGCAAGAUGCUCCCUCACACCCGAUGAAUUCCAGGCCCUCAUGGAUUAAUGAUAUCCAGUGUCCUAAUGGGCCUGCCUCCCUCUGGCAAUGCCCAUCUGCAUCCUGGGAGAAAAGAUACCUGAGUCCAGCAGAAGAGACCUGGAUCACCUGUACAGGGAAGAUGCGACUCCAAGGAGGAAGCUCCCAGUGCUCAGGGCGUGUGGAGGUCUGGCACAAAGGCUCCUGGGGCUCAGUGUGUGAUGACUCCUGGGACCUGGCCGAUGCUGAGGUUGUAUGCCGGCAGCUGGGCUGCGGCUCGGCAACAGAGGCCCCACCAGAAGCUGCCUAUGGACAAGGAAUUGGGCCCGUCUUGCUGAGUAAUGUUCGUUGCCAAGGAAAUGAGUCAUCUCUCUGGGACUGUCCUGCCGAUCCUUGGGGGCAGGCAGACUGUGGGCACAAGGAAGAUGCUAGUGUGAAGUGCUCAGGUGUUUCCAAGGCCCCCGGAUUUUCUGAAGGACACAAAGGCUCUUCACUGCCCUGGAUCUUUGGGGGCCUGCUGCUGGUCUUGCUCCUCUUUGCUCUCUUCUUUUGGGCUCAGGCUAGAAGGCGAAGACAGCGAGUUAGUGCCCUCUCCAAUGGAGGGGACCUGAACCACAUGGCCCUGUACCAGAAGACGGAUUUCAAAUGGAAGGAUGACCAAAACUUGCUCAGCAGUGCAGAGGUCCCUGAUGGAUGUGAUGAUGCUACAGAGAGCAGUUCCAAUAUCGUCUCGAGGUCAGAAACCCUUCUUGUUCCCUGGAGAAACAAAAAGGCCGUCCACUUCAGAAGGUAGCUCCAGGACAAGCCAAGUCCCCACAGAUGUUGGUGCAUAAGCUGUGAUUCUCUUCAUUUGAACCUUUUCAAUUUCCUUCACCCUCUUGAGCCCUGAAGAAUGAGAUGGGGGAAGUGGUCAGGGGUCAUUGUCUGCCUCCUUCUCUAAGUGGGCCUUGGGAGACAUACUUCACAUCCUGGCUCUAUCUGUCAUGAAUUCACAGGUCUUUGGGCAGCAGAACUCACUUCUGGACUAGCAAUGGUUGCUGUUUAUAGACUUGCUGUGUGAAGAUGUGGCAGGGCCAAAGGCCAUUUCAGGCAAAGCUGUUGGAUUGAUUAAGACAUCACAGACCAUAGCUGCAAUCAGAUAAAAUCCUUGCUAACCUACAUGUAAAUACAUGGGCCUCAAUUUCAUCGAAAUCAGAUCUUUUCUAUCCUUUUCUUGGAGAUAGCUGGGUGGCACAAUGCACCAGGACUAUGCCAGGGCUGGAGUCCAGAAGCCUCAAGUUCAAAUCCAUUCUCAGACACUUGCUAGCCCUGUGACUCUGGGCAAGUCAUUUAACCUCAGUUGGCCUUCAUUUCCUCCUCUGUGAAUGGCAUCUACCUUCCAGAGUUGUCAUGGGAAUAAAAUGAGCUAAUACUUGUGAAGCACACAGUAAAUCCUACAUGUGUGAGCUAUGAUGAUGAUGUUUCACUCUGUAUUCCGUUACUGCAUUCAUUCCCAUUCUCCUUUGCUCCUAUGUGCUCAUAAUCAGUAUCUUCCCCUUGGGGUAUGCUUUUUUCCACUUAGGCAAUUACUUUUAAUGCUGUAUUAUUUGAUUAUUAAUAU